AUGUCAACAACUGCUGUGCCAAUGGUACUUUCACGAUCAGGUGUAUUCCAUCGACUUGGAAAUCUUUUAUCUGAUGUGUCAAGUAUAAACUCAUCUGAAACACAAAUUCCAGUUACAAUCGAUCCAACAACAACGACAAACAAUGAGAUAAUUAAUUUUGAUACUUCAUUUGCACAUCUAUCCUAUCGACAAGAUUUAUCAAAUGUUGAGCAUGUACAUUUUCGUUGUCGUCCAGCAUCAUCAUUUAAUUCAUCUAUUCAUACAAGUUUAUGUGAAGCUGUACUCGGUAUUUUUCCGGAUACAAGUUCUUCAACAUCAUCAUCAACAAUUCAACCACCUGUUCUUGUACGUGGAGUUGUUGAACGACGUCAUCGUCGUAUUAAAGUUGGUGAUUGGCUUUUAGCAAUAAAUGGUACACAUAUAAAUUGGGUAAAUAUUAAUGAUAUAUUAUCAAAAUAUCAAUCAUCUCGUAAAGUUCGUCUUACAAUUCGUCAUCCAGAAAAUUAUAAUUCAACAUUUUCUUCAUCUUUACAACCACCAAUUAUUUUACCAACAAUAGAAGAAAAAAAACUUUCUAUACCAGAACAAAUUGAUUGUAUACAUGCAAUACUUUAUUAUGAAAAAAGACCAAAUCAAGGUUUUAAAUUAUUAUAUCAACAACCAGCACAAAAAGAUAUAUUUUUUGCUGCUGGCGGUGUUUUUCCAACACUAACACAACUUAUGCAUGACAUGAAUGAACAUGACAGUUUACUUCGAAGGUUUGUAAAAAAAAAAUUUUAAAUUGGAAACGAAACGAUAAAUGAGUAUGAUUAUUUAUUUUUACUUGUUAAUAAAUGUAUCCCUACCGUAUGAAUAAUACAUUGUGAUUUUUAUUAUAUAGCAACGAUCAUGAGACUUAUGUCAAUAGUCAAAAAAAAAAAAAAAACAAUAGUAGAUUAUAAUUAGUUCUAUUAAUUAGAUCAAAUUUUAAUAACUAGAAUUAAAAGUUAACUUUCAUUACAUUAAUCAUUUAGUUUGCCAUGGUGCAUCACACUUAAUUACUUUCUUGAUUAAUGAAUAGAUUUAAUGUUUAUGAAAAAUUUUUAUUGUAUUAUUCGUCUAGUUUUAUAAUAUAUCAAAAUAAUGGUUUUACGUUUUCGUUACAUUCUACGUGACAAUUUUUUAUAUUUUUUCUUGCAUGAAAUUCAUAUUCCUUUGCUUUGAACUGAUAGAUCCAAUAAGUAUUUGUCUAAUGACAUAAAUACUGAUAUCUAUCGAAUGAUCAAUAUAAAUGAAACAUACCUUUUCUUUGCAUUCAUCUUUGAUAUAAUCUAAGCUAAUUUGCGUUGUAUGAAGAAUAAUGAAUGUAAAGAAAAAGAUUCUCCGUUUAUUUUAAUCAGAGGUAUAUAUGUAUAUUCCAUUUUGAAUUUUUCUAAAGCUAAAAUGAACAACAAAAAAUGAUUAAUAUUCACUUGAUUCUUCUCCUCAUGAAGUUUUUUUUUUGUCUAUAGAUGACUCAAUAACUCUUGUGUUUAAAUAUAUUGAACAUGAUUCAGAAUGCUUAUCUAUGAAUAAAUCUUUGUUUAUUUUUUCAGUAUAUCAAUCAAACUAGCUGA